CACCAGCAUGGAAGUUAAAACCAGCAAAGGUCAUUUGAAAGUCCAUAAAAUGAAGAAGAAGGUAUUGAGGAAGCAAGUCAGAGCUCAGCAUACAUUGAUGAGACAUGAGGGCAUUGAAUGUAUCUCCCAUGCCACACAGAGCCUGGUUAUUGCCAAUGCUGGUCUUGGUAAUGGGAUGAGUAGACAGCAGCUGCUCAGAAUAGUAGAGGAAUAUGGAUUGGUGGAAACACUCUUAAUGCCACCGAAUAAACCAUAUUCAUUUGUGAAAUAUGGGACAACAGAAGAAGCCAAGAAAGCCUUUGAUGCCCUUAAUGGAAAAGAAGUAACACUGGAAGACUUUGGCCAAAACAUUGUUCUAUAUAUUAAUUUUGUGGAAAAAGUUUUCUGGCAGAAUGCUGUUCCUACAAGCUUGCCUCCAGGCCUAAUGGUCAUUGAAAAGGUUAUUUCUCCAGAGGAGGAAAGGAGGAUGUUGGAAAGUAUUGACUGGAUAGGAGAUGAAGAUACUCAAAAUGCCCAGAAGACUUUAAAGCAUAGAAGAGUAAAACAUUUUGGAUAUGAGUUUUGCUAUGAUAACAACAAUGUUAAUAAAGACAAACCUUUACCUGGAGGUCUUCCUGAAAUUUGUGACCUGUUCUUGGAGAAGUGCUUGAAGCAGGGUUAUAUCAAACAUAAACCUGAUCAACUGACUGUAAAUCAGUAUGAACCUGGACAAGGAAUUCCUCCUCAUAUUGAUACACAUUCUGCUUUUGAGGAUAAAAUAAUCUCUCUCAGUUUAGGAGCUGAGAUUGUGAUGGAUUUCAAACACCCUGAUGGCCAUACAGUGGCAAUUAUGCUGCCCCGAUGCAGUUUAUUGGUGAUGGCUGGAGAAUCCAGAUACCUGUGGACACAUGGGAUUACACCCCGAAAAUAUGAUAUCAUUCAAGCAUCUGAGCUUGGGCAAAAAGUUGGAACAAUCACUGCUGAUGUUGGAGAUUUGACACUAAAUCGCAGGGAAACAAGGACAUCAUUUACAUUCAGGAAAGUGAGGAGAAGCCCUUGCAAUUGCAUUUACCCAUCUGUCUGUGACAGCCAGAAAGGACAGCAAAGACAGGUACAAGCUUCAUUUCCCCACAAUGACAUGGAGGCCUCGAAGCUGGAGCAAGAAUGUGUACACAAGGUGUACGAAGAAAUUGCCACACACUUCAGCAGUACCAGGCAUAGCCCAUGGCCCCGAAUUGUAGAAUUUCUCAGGUCCCUACCAAAAGGGUCAAUAGUAGCUGAUGUUGGUUGUGGUAAUGGGAAAUAUCUAGGCAUCAACGAGGAUUUGUACAUGGUUGGCUGUGAUCGCAGCAAAAACCUGGCAGAUAUUUGUGGAGAAAAAAAUUUCCAGGCUUUUGUCUGUGAUGCCCUGUCGGUGCCAAUCUGCAGUGGUUCUUGUGACGCCUGCAUCUCUAUUGCUGUAAUCCACCAUUUCUCAACAGCGGAGAGGAGACUGGCUGCUAUCUGUGAACUAGCCCGGCUUCUAAGACCUGGUGGAACGGCACUCAUUUAUGUCUGGGCAAUGGAACAAGAAUACAAAAACCAGAAGUCUAAAUACCUUAAGGAAAAGAAUGAUAGUAAAGACAAAGAGGGGGAAAUCAAUAUUGGCGGAGGCCAGAGACCACUUAGCGAUCAAAUGCCUGAUAGCAGCAGCCAAGACUCAGCAUGUUCUGACGGACUUCUUAAUGACUUGAAUGACGAAGGCUGUGCUGCGAAGUUAGUAGCAGACUCCAGACUGCCUGUUCACACUAACCGAACCUCCUUUCACUCUCAAGACUUGCUAGUUCCCUGGCACCUGAAAGGUGGCACUAAAAAGAAAGGGGAAAGCAUUGAUACAGUGUUGUGUCCAGCUGGCUCCAAGGAAUCACAAGAGCUCAGCCCUGUUUUCCACCGCUAUUACCAUGUGUUUUGUGAAGGGGAACUGGAAGCAGCAUGCAGAUCCCUGGAUUGUGUGAGGGUUCAGAAGAGUUACUAUGAUCAGGGAAACUGGUGUGUGGUUCUAGAAAAGUUGUAGCCUGUGGUGUUUCCUCCACUAUCUGUGGCAUUUUGUUUGUUUUUUUACAGCAUCAAAGUUAUUUUUAAUGCAGGCUACAGCUAUUACCUCUUUUAAAAUAGCAGAAUAAAGAUUGUUUAUUGCGUUAAUAACAGUAACUAGCACUUUGUGCAUAUGUUAACAAAAUAAUGGCCAAACUCGGAUACUACCUCUGCACAGCGUUUAUUUCACUCUUU